UUCUUCUGUAACUGGCUAACUGCGACCAGAAGAAAUUCCCCAUCGCAAGACCUAACUAUUUUCCUCACUCCUCAGUGGAUCCAUAUCGAUCGAGUUCGCGGCCGCUGCUCGUCGCGUCAAUUGCUUCCGGAUCGAGCGCGUUCGCCUCCGGACCACGCGCCAAUUGCUUCCAGCUCGAGCUCCCCUCCUAGCCUGGGCGCGGACGCGCCGAGCUGCUGUUUCCCUUCACGCCUUGACAGAGCACGAUGCCGGACAGGAGCGGCGCGACCCUGUUUGAGGACCUGCCUGCGGAGAUGAUCGACAAGAUACUCACUCAGUUGCCGUCCAAGGAUCUCGGCGGCUGUCGUGCCGUCAGCACGUCGUUGCACAGUGCCACCUCCACGUCUGAAUUCAUGCUCGAACACCACCGCUGCCAGCCGUCACGUCCCAUCAUCGACGGAAGACCACGGCCCAGCGGCCUUGUCGUCUUCCGUGACGCUGGCGCCCCUCAACAGCUCUGGACCUUCGUCUGGGACCCCGAAAUCUCUUCGAAGGAACUCCUCCACGGUGCCUGUGAUGGCUUCCUCAUCGUCUCCCGAGGACUCCGAUUUUACAUCUGCAACCCAGCCAUCAGCAAGCAUGUUCCCCUACCGCUUCCUCAGGUUGGACCAGAGAACUACAACUCUGUGAUCGGUUUCUACCGGCACGAUCCCACUGGAGAGUACAGGGUGCUCUGGGUCUCGCACUCACAGCCAGGGUCACAAUCUAAACCCAGUUUAUACAUCAUUACAGUGGGAUCCAACAAGCCAAGGCAGGUCAGAGUGAGAAUGCCAGCAGUUUUGCCACCUUCCGCGGAACAGAAAUUACUAAAUGAUCUGUGCUCUUGGUCCUAUUAUGCACCAUCAGUCCACCAUUGUGGCGGCCUGCACUGGUGUCCUUAUGGCGCCAGCGACAUUUGGGCCUGCGGUGCAGACAUUAUUGUGUUUGACACACAAGCCGAGACAUUCCGGUGCAUCCGCAGUCCCGCCCAGUCGUGCCCUAAUAGGAAGUUGUUCCACAUGGAGGGGACCCUUGCUUUAUGGGGCGCCAGCUCGACACGUAGUUUUACCAUUAUGGAUGUCUGGGUGAUGCAGGAUUACAAGGCUCAAAUAUGGGUUUUCAAGUACCGGAUUGACCUAUCAAUGGUGGAGGCAUCACGGCAGCUCUAUUUAACUACUUUGAAAAAGAAAAAGAUAAGGCAAACACCACUUGAUUCAACGGUUGAAGAGUUCAAUGAUAUGGCUGUGCUCAACGAGCGUGAGCUGCUGAUCAAGUUUAAUAAGAAACAUGUGCUACACUGGGACAUUGAUGGCAAGUUCCUAGGUAUUGUGAACAUUGGAAAGAGUCAAUAUUGUAUGGCGCUUACUCAGUGCCGCCUCCAAGAGAGCGUUAUUCCAAUUCCGUCCCACGGGAUGCAAGGAGAAGAUGAGGAACCUCCAUUCUCCACAGAGCAUGUCUGAAUGUUCAAGACUCUUGUUUGCUUUGCCCUUUGGAUUCAGAGGGUGUCUUCUGUUUCUGCUAGUACUACCAGUAGAAUAUGUCAGUUUGGAUGGUCGCCAUAGCUCUUACUUAUAAUGAUGUGUUGAACGUCUUGUUAAUGUUCUGAAAUAUGGGGUAUUGAUCUAUGAUAUUAAAACUUUAUUAUUGUUCC